AUCAUCCACUGAUUUCAUCAUUUCCAUUAUCAAACUCUGAACUUAAGAAAGCUUCCAUCCAUGGCCGCCUUACACAGCACCAAUUGAAGAAGAAGAAAGAAGAAGAAAGCUUUUCUCUUUUCCCGCCGAAAACCAAAUCCAAUGGCGAAUUCAUCACUCAAACAAUCCUUCUUACUUAAUUCCUCCUUAAUUUCAAUCUUCUUUUCCACUCACUGAAAACCCUAACUCCCCCGACUUUCUCUUUCCUCGAACAAAGAUAAAGAUCGUGCUUUUAUCAAAAAUGGCAGCAGCUGACUUUCUAUCUAUGCGAAACUUGUUUGGAUUAUUCGGAUUUAGUACCGCAAGGAGGUUGGCAGCGUUGUUCAUAGCUUCUUCUUCUUCUUCGUCAUUGUCUUUUCCUCCAUUACUGGUAAAUGUAAGAAAAGGGAGAUUCUUGAACAGUGGAGUGUAUAUCUUGAAACGAGAAUCCUUCUCCUUCCCUAUUCUACGGUGCUCGAAUUAUGGAACCAUUUCUAGUACGGAAUCAAGUGACAAUGGUGGUGAUACUAAAACAGGAAAGAGAUUCCUUGAAUUGAGUGAUCAAGAGCUUUUGGGUCAGUGUGAGAUGAGCACUUUCAAGUCUUCUGGGCCUGGAGGUCAGCAUAGGAACAAGAGAGAAUCAGCUGUUAGGCUUAAGCACCUUCCUACUGGUAUCAUUGCUCAGGCUGUUGAGGAUCGAUCGCAACACAUGAAUCGAGCAUCUGCUGUGACACGCCUUCGUACUCUUUUGGCUCUCAAAGUGAGGAAUACUGUGGAUCUUGAAGCAUAUUCACCUCCUCGAGAGCUGCUUCAAAUUCUUCCAGCAAAAUCCACCAUUAGAGGAUCAGAUUGUGGUUCCCAAAUUGGACCCAAAAAUCCCAAAUUUGUUCUUGGAAUGCAAGCGCUGUUGGAUCUAAUUUUUGCAGUUAAUGGUUCUGUAGCUGAUGCAGCAAAGUAUUUGGGUUUAAGCACAGGGGCGCUAUCUCGGUUGAUACUAUCGGAUGACUCUCUUCGAUUAACAGUGAAUGAAUUAAGGACAUCCAAGGGUAUGAAGCCUCUGAAGUGAUUUAACGGUACCAACAAGCCAACCGAUCCUUAUAAUGCUAAAUUCGGUUUGAUUGAGCUUAUUCUUUCAUUUGUUAAUGUAUCAUUCAUAGCUCAACAUGUUAUCAUCUACUCAGGUAAGAUCAUCGGUUUGUUGACUGAGCGAAAUUCGCCUUCCUUUUUCAGCUAGAAUGUGACUAGUCUAGUUCUUGUAAUCCUAAUAUUGAAAUGACCAAAGUUGAUAUAGAAUAAAAUUUCCAUUGUUCAAUGAUU